UUCCAGCCACUGCAAAACCCUAAUUGCAUUCAGACCGAAAAAAUCGUGUUCUCUUUCAUUAUCGAACAAUGCCUCCAAAAUUCGAUCCAUCUCAAGUGGUAGAUGUGUACGUUCGAGUUACCGGAGGCGAAGUCGGCGCCGCCAGUUCCCUCGCGCCGAAGAUCGGACCUCUUGGGCUCUCCCCUAAGAAGAUCGGAGAAGACAUCGCAAAGGAAACCGCAAAGGACUGGAAGGGACUCCGUGUGACGGUGAAACUAACAGUGCAGAAUCGGCAAGCAAAGGUUGCCGUAGUUCCAUCCGCAGCGGCGUUGGUUAUCAAGGCUUUGAAGGAACCGGAGAGAGAUAGGAAGAAGACGAAGAACAUCAAACACAACGGAAAUAUCUCACUGGAUGAUGUUAUUGAGAUUGCGAAGGUGAUGAAACCUAGAUCCAUGGCGAAGGAACUUAGCGGCACCGUGAAAGAGAUCCUUGGGACUUGUGUAUCUGUUGGUUGUACUGUUGAUGGAAAGGAUCCUAAGGAUUUACAACAAGAGAUUAACGAUGGUGAUGUUGAGAUUCCUCUAGAAUAAUCUUGAUUCAAUUUUGUUUCAGUAAUUUUGGUUUCUUUUAUCCUGUACUAUCUGUUUUAUCAAUUUGACAAUUUUGUGGAAUGAAGCUUUUGUUGAAAUUCAUAAUUUGUUUAAGAAGUAUUAGGAAAAUGAAAUUGUUUUGCUCAUAGUGCAAUGAUAAUUUUGGAUUUCUCA